AUGAUAUUCCCCCUCUGUGGGAAACAUCUUGUUAACCGAAAGGCCCGAAAGCAAUCGCAGGAAACGACGAAGGAGAAAAAGGAAGUCGAAAGUGAUAAAUCUCUAAAGGACUGUUUUUUUAUCAUCUUAAGCGGAAUGUACGGUUUGUUGAUCGUGGUCUUGGGAGCUGUCAUACCAAUAUCUGAAACAUUUGCUGAAAUGGAAACACCGAAUUUCUUUGACGCUUUUUACAUCUAUCUGUUUACGUGCAGUGGUCUCUUCAUCUUGUAUGUUUACACUUUCCUCUUGAGGCGCAACAAGAAAUCUGCCAGUUUCAAGUUCGCCCUGAAUCGUACAUGGUCGCGCACUUUUACCCGUUCGUGGUCUUUUACGAGCAGAUCCGAUAAAGAAAAUGCCCAACGCACCGACAGUUGGUAUCGACGAAAAAUCACCACUGACUUAGGACCGCACAACCCAAAUGGUAGCUUUUACCUGCGGCUCGGAGCUGUAGGAUUUGGAAUCGGUGGAAUGAUUCACAGUGGUCUUCAACUUGGUAUGCAUUUUCAAGGAAUUGGGGGCAAUACCCAUUGCGAUUCACGUAUCCAAGCCGUCAAGCCUCUUUUCCAUUUGAUCUUCACUUUCUCACAACUUUAUUUCGUUUUCCUCAAUCCAAAGGUGUGCAUUCAUCGCUAUAAGACCUUCGCCCGUUUCGGCUUGAUGCACAUGUGCGGCACCAACAUUUGCGUCUGGUUUCGCAACAUCGUCGUAGAGACGCUUCACGAAAUGCACCAUGGGAGUUCCCUGGAGAAUCAUGGCAAUAAUCACCACUCGAACGACCACCACCUCCCUAGUGGGCACGAUGCCAAGAACGCUUCUUACAAUGUUUCUCACACUUACGGCAAUAUGUCGGAAGAAAACAUUACGCAUAAACAGAUACCUGGUCUAUCAUCUCCCGCCGUCAAAUGUUAUUGGAACGAAAUGAUGGGAAAAGUUGUGGAUCGAGCGGCGCCCUAUCUUUACCCCUGUAGUAUCGAAUACAGUCUAAUUUGUGCAGGUAUAAUGUACGUUUUAUGGCAGCAAGUUGGGCGUGGACCGAAGCCAAUCUUGAAACGCGUCGACCGCAAGAACAAAGACAAAGAUGGUCUGGAGCAAAUGCGAAAUAACCGAAUGAGUGUCGACUGUGGCAGUUCGAGCCGUGGUCUUUUUGUUGGUAUCCUUCUCUUCGUUGGGGCCGUCAUUACAAUGGUCGCCUUUUAUGUCCUUGUCAACAAGAAGAACAUGACCAUCACAGCUUUAACACUUGUUCACUUAUCUGAAAUUGCGAUCUACUUCCUCGGCAUGAUCGCCACCCUCUCCGCCGCCUGGCGCAUGAGAGGCCUCUCUUAUCACCCUGGUCACGCCUCCGUGCUGGAGAACGUCCUCGUUCUUAUCUCACUGACCGGGGUGUUUAUAUUUUGUAUUUUCGGGAUCAUCGCGGCGAUUUUCCACGAGGAAAGCGGUCUGACCAACGUGCUUUCCAUUGCUUCGAACCUAAUGAUGAUCAUCCAGUCGAUAAUCCAGACGGUUUUCAUCAUCGUCGCUUCGGAAUUUCAAGCUGUUACACAGGAAGCGGUCAAGAAGAAACCAGGCCGCGAGUUUGUUACUUUCCUUAUUUUGUGCAACCUUUCUCUGUGGGGGAUCAACACUUUUGAGACGCAACGCUCUGAACACAAUCCCAUUCAAACCGACUUUUACGGUCACAUGGCCUGGGCGAUCCUCACACAUAUAUCUGUACCGCUGGGAAUAUUUUACAGAUUUCACUCGACUGUUUGCCUCUCGAAUAUAUGGAAAAACGCUUGGAAAGACAAAAAGCAUUGA